CAGCUUCAAAUCUGGGAUACCGCCGGUCAGGAACGAUUUAGAACAAUAACUCAGAGCUAUUAUCGAAGUGCCAAUGGUGUCAUCAUCGCUUAUGAUAUAAGUAAACGAAGUACCUUUGAAGCUAUACCUCGAUGGCUUGAUGAUGUCAAGCGUUACGCUGGCUCCAAUGUUGUACAGUUACUUGUUGGUGGGUCAUCAAUGGAGAGAUGAAUUCAUUUUAAUCAUUAUCUUAAUUAUUUGAAAUAAGAAGAGACUCUUAGUUGAACAGUUUUAGACACUGUUUUAUUUAUAUUGAGUCAAAUUAUGUUAUUGUCUCUAUAUUUAAAGCUAUGUAUCUCACAUAUAUCCUAAGAUUAAUUAAAACAAUUUUAACUUUACAGUUUCCAGUGUACAAUAUGAGAUUUCAACAAAUUCACAUCUUUUUAAAAGUUAAAAAAAAAAAGAAAAAACAUACAAAAUAUCUUAAAAUGCAUGAAUACUAUUGCUUGCUUCUUUUCUUUCUCAUUCACCAAAGGCAACAAAUGUGACCUCGAUAGUCUCCGUGAGGUCAACCGCGAGGAGGCCAAGUCACUGGCUCAUUCCCAGAACUUUAUUGGUGCUGUUGAAACCAGCGCUAAAGAAAACACUAACGUUGAUGAUACAUUCCUAAAAAUGGCAAAAGUAAGAUCUCAGAUUCAUUUAAGUAUCAUGCAUAAAAGAACAUUAGAAAAUUUAAUCAACAAGGUUUGUGUUGAAAUUAACCUGAACUCUUUGCUGAAAUUCACCUGCACUCUUUGCUGAAAUUCACCUGCACUCUUUGUUGAAAUUCACCUGAACUCUUUGUUGAAAUUCAUGAGCGCUCUUUGUUAAAAUGCACCUGAACUUUUUGUUGAAAUUCACCUGCACUCUUUGUUGAAAUUCACCAGCACUCUUUGUUGAAAUUCACCUGCACUCUUUGUUGAAAUUCACCUGCACUCUUUGUUGAAAUUCAUGAGCACUCUUUGUUAAAAUGCACCUGAACUCUUCGUUAAAAUUCACCUGCGCUCUUUGCUGAAAUUUACCUGCACUCUUUGUUGAAAUUCACAUGAACUCUUUGUUGAAAUUCACCUGAACUCUUUGUUGAAAUUCAUGAGCGCUCUUUGUUAAAAUGCACCUGAACUUUUUGUUGAAAUUCACCUGCACUCUUUGUUGAAAUUCAUGAGCACUCUUUGUUAAAAUGCACCUGAACUCUUCGUUGAAAUUCACCUGCACUCUUUGCUGAAAUUUACCUGCACUCUUUGUUGAAAUUCACCUGCACUCUUUGUUGAAAUUCACAUGAACUCUUUGUUGAAAUUCAUCUUAACUCUUUGUUGAAAUUCAACUGCACUCUUUGUUGAAAUUCACCUGCACUCUUUGUUGAAAUUCACCUGAACUCUUUGUUGAAAUUCAUGAGCGCUCUUUGUUAAAAUGCACCUGAACUUUUUGUUGAAAUUCACCUGCACUCUUUGUUGAAAUUCACCAGCACUCUUUGUUGAAAUUCACCUGCACUCUUUGUUGAAAUUCACCUGCACUCUUUGUUGAAAUUCAUGAGCACUCUUUGUUAAAAUGCACCUGAACUCUUCGUUAAAAUUCACCUGCGCUCUUUGCUGAAAUUUACCUGCACUCUUUGUUGAAAUUCACAUGAACUCUUUGUUGAAAUUCACCUGAACUCUUUGUUGAAAUUCAUGAGCGCUCUUUGUUAAAAUGCACCUGAACUUUUUGUUGAAAUUCACCUGCACUCUUUGUUGAAAUUCAUGAGCACUCUUUGUUAAAAUGCACCUGAACUCUUCGUUGAAAUUCACCUGCACUCUUUGCUGAAAUUUACCUGCACUCUUUGUUGAAAUUCACCUGCACUCUUUGUUGAAAUUCACAUGAACUCUUUGUUGAAAUUCAUCUUAACUCUUUGUUGAAAUUCAACUGCACUCUUUGUUGAAAUUCACCUGCACUCUUUGUUGAAAUUCACCUGCACUCUUUGUUGAAAUUCACCUGCACUCUUUGUUGAAAUUCACCUGCACUCUUUGUUGAAAUUCAUGAGCACUCUUUGUUAAAAUGCACCUGAACUCUUUGUUGAAAUUCACUUGCUCUCUUUGUUGAAAUUCACCUGCACUCUUUGCUGAAAUUUACUUGCAGUCUUUGUUGAAAUUCACCUGCACUCUUUUUUGAAAUUCACCUGCACUCUUUGUUGAAAUUCACCUGAACUCUUUGUUGAAAUUCAUCUUAACUCUUUGUUGAAAUUCAACUGCACCUCUUUGUUGAAAUUCACCUGCACUCUUUGUUGAAAUUCACCUGCACUCUUUGUUGAAAUUCACCUGCACUCCUCUUACAUUAUAAAUUUAAAAGCUUUAUAUCAUUUAUGUAGUGCUUAAACUUUGUUUGGCUGAACAAGAGAAGUUUUCCAACUGGUGUAUAAUAUUUUAAAUCAAAACAACAGAUGCCUAAAUGAUGAUUUUUGGCUGAAAACUCUCUUAAUUCUCUGCUAUUAAAUUCGUAGUCAUCAUAUUUAAAACUUAGAUAACAUUUAGUUGUAUGAACAAUUAUUUAGAUAGCUUUUAGUGGUAUUUAAAUUUACACUUCUGAUGAUGUAUAGUUUUCCGGUCAUUAAAAUAAAUAUGUGCCAUUUUAAUAUAAGGGAAUAGCUCUUAUAUACUUAAAUUGAACAAAAUCAAGCAGUUCAAGUUCAUGGUGGUAAAUUUUAUUAAAAUAUUAUAGUUAUAACCACUCAAAUAGCUUAAAAACAUCACGUACCGUCAAUAAUUUGUUUUAAAAUGUCGCAUCGGGUCCUAAAAUGUUAUGAUAUGAUUUAGUCUUUGUUUUAAAUCAUCAAUUUAACUUGUGGAAAUAUAGAGUCAUCUGAAUAAACUCGACUCUUUAAUAAUCUUCAGGAACUAAAACGGAGGUUUGGAGAUGACGCAAACAUGGAUCCAGGACAGAACAGCAGCAUAAAUUUGAACAGUCGCUCUUUGCUAGGUGGCGGAAAGUCAUGGCUUCCAUGCUGUGGCAGCAGUAGUUAGCUACCAUGAUGUAGCAGCUGUAGUUAGCAACUCCAUUAUUGUUCUUGUAUAUAAAAUUUCAGCCAGAAUCAAUGAUUGAUAUACCUGAAGAAAAACAAACAAAAAAACUAGUACUGAUGUUCUUUAUCAUUGUUACAUUUCUCUGCUGAUGUAAUUUGUUUCAUUAUUAGAGAACUGUUCGAGGAAUGUGCUAUAUAAAUUUGGUACAGGUCAACGUUUUUUUUUUUAUUGUGUAACUGUUUGGUCAGUAAGGUAGCGGUGUGGUCAACAGGUAGUGGUGUUAUCAGUCAGGCAGUGGUGUGGCUUGUAUGAUGUUUAGAUUUUGUUAAACUAGUUAUUUUAGAAGCUCGUGGGGGUUUAUGUACAUCAACACUGCAGUGGACGAUUAUUAGAGAUUAGUUGGUCAAACUUUUUGUAAAGUGGACUCAAUGUCCGAACUGUGACCACAGUCAAUGUAUCGCUUCCAACUGAUGAAUGUAUCGCUACAAACUGACACCUGUUUAAGUUGGCGGAUUUCAUAACAGGUAUCAAAAUAGUCUCUGCUUAGCAAACUUUUACAUUGAAAUAAUGGAAUAAGUGAUCAGUCUGAUUAUAUUGAUACAAUUGUAUUGAUCAGUCUGAUUAUAUUGACACAAUUGUAUUGAUCAGUCUGAUUAUAUUAUAUAUUGAUAAGACUCCUACUCGACCAGACACGUUGAUAAGACUUCUACUCUACCAGACACAUUGAUAAGACUUCUACUCUACCAGACACAUUGAUAAGACUUCUACUCUACCAGACACAUUGAUAAGACUUCUACUCUACCAGACACAUUGAUAAGACUUCUACUCUACAGACAAGCAUUAAUAUUUGUGAUACAUUGAUAGCAACUGUUAUUUAGUGGUCAGUAGCUUUACCUGUCAUUUGUGGAUGUUAAUAAAACAGGGAGAUACUACAGUAUUUACUCAUUUCAUCAGCUUCACCCUUAUAGAUAUGUGCUUGUUGAUAGAUAUUGACAUGUUCGUAGACAUAUGUGCUGGGAGCUGUAUGUGCUGGGAGCUGUAGUGGAGUCCAGAGAAACAUGACAUUAGACAUCUGGAUAGAAAUGGUAAAGGUGACUUCUGUAAAAAUCUAUGAGGGAAAGGCGCUUGUUAGCACCCUAACCCCUCCAUUGCUGGCUUGAGAUCACCCCCCCCUCCCCCUCCAUUGCUGGCUUGAGAUCACCCCCCCCCUCCCCCUCCAUUGCUGGCUUGAGAUCACCUCUCUGGACAUGUCCUUAACAGAAUAGAGCUGGGGAAACAAGGAUUAUUUGUUUAAUAAAGUGUAAUAUCUGUAACAGAAGAUUUAUGUGCCAUCCAAUGGAUGAUCCAUUUCAUGUAUGGGUCAAAGUGAGAUGUGUAACUGAGUUAGGUAAAUAAUGCGGCGCAGUUAAGCCAGAUGUGUAACUGAGUUAAGUAAAUAAUGCGGCGCAGUUAAGCCAGAUGUGUAACUGAGUUAAGUAAACAAUGCGGCACAGUUAAGCCAGAUGUGUAGCAAUUUAAAUUAAAAAUGAGUUUUAAAAGGUUUUUAAGACAUAAAGGUGGACAACUCCAAAGAGAGUUAAGUCAUGUUGUUGUGAUGGGCUGUGGAGUUGGAUCAACGUUUUUGUUAGCCUCUUAAUGGCAUCACAUGUGUGUAACACAUUUAUGUACAUGGCAUCACAUGUGUAACACAUAUGUACAUGGCAUCACAUUUAUGUGCAUGGCAUCACAUGUGUGUAACACAUUUAUGUACAUGGCAUCAUGUGUGUGCACCACAUUUAUGUACAGUUCUGCUUAUCUAUGUAUAUGUCUACGAUGGGUAUUUGUUACUGGUGUAAUAGUAAUAUGUACCACAAUACGUGAGUUUGAAAAUUCCUAAUACUGUUGGGAGAAAACAAAUGACAGAACUAUUUAUUUUAAUGCUGUUUUGUAUAUCAAUGAGAUUUAAGAUUUGAUGUCAUUGUAAACUGUAAGCAUUUAGAUAAGUUUGACAGUCUUCUAUAAAGUAGCAUUAAAUCAUGGGAUUGCAAUCAAUGGUUAUUGUAAUAGAAUACAAUGUCUAUUUUAAUAUGACUUUCUUGGCAUUCGUGAAAUGUUUAAAACUAGUUAAAUUUUGAUUUAAACAACUCUUGAUGACAGGUGCUAAAGUUGACAUACUUUAAUGACAGGCCUAUCAGGUAUAACCAGGAUGGCAGAAGACAUUUAUACAAUCCAUUAAUCCAGGGAGUCCCAUGAACUUUGCCAUGAUUAAGAUUUUUAUUUUAAGCUUUCAUUAUAUUCUUAGAAUUCACCGAGGUUUUGUUCUACAACAGAAUUUUUAUUCACGGGUUAGACAUAUCUGAGAAUUACUUUUUCUCUGUGUUCUUUGGCAAUAAAAUAAUAGCAUUUAUAUUUUAUUGAUGAUGAAUGGCUUUUCAUGUUUUGCCUCAUUUCUCAUGAACUUAACACUUUUAUCCAAUCAUUGUUUCAAUAUGUUACGUGGCUGUGAAAAGACAUGUGUAAAUUGAAUACUUGAUAUCCAUGUAUCUCAUCUUCUUGACGUCUGCUCUGCAUCUCUUUAUUUAAUUGACCUUGACAGUGGUUCAAAACUUUGCUCAUAACAUUUUCAGAUCUAUCUAUACUUGUCUGUCUUUAAAUAAAUGAUUUUUAGAUGUAUUGUUUGGCUGGCUCUAAAUAUAAUCAUAUCAUUUUUAGCUAUAUCAAAACUUGGCUGUCUUUAAAAACAUAUUUAGCUAUAUCAAUACUUGGCUGUCUUUAAAAUUAAAUAUUCAAUUGCUCAUUUUUUAAAUAAAUGUUUAAAAUAAUUUUUUAGAAUGCAGACCUGCUACUUCCUCAAAUGCAAACUGGGCUCUACUUGCUACAUGUUCAAAUUCAGAAUUUUGUGUAAACCCUGUUAUCAAUUUUUAUCCAUGAAAAUAAUUUUAUUUACAAAUGUGAGGAGCUUAUUUAGCGCCCAAGUUCAUUAUUUCACUGGGUUUUUUGCUGUAUAAACUAUUUUUUAUGAAUUCAUUCUUCUGAUUUCUGAGUCAUCUCCUUGUUAAGUUUUCAGAAAUGUUAUUUUUCAACAACAGGACAGUUUGUUUGAAGCUUAUGUUCAAAUCCUUUUAAAGGUGACCAGAUUUAAUCAAACGAGACCCUGCAAUCAAACUUGGAGUGGAUUUUAGUUUUGCAACAUUCCUCCAUCAUGCCAGCUAACCAUUGACUCGUUUGGAUAUAUUGAGUUCUGCAGUGAGUACAAUAAGUUGACAUAAAAAUGUUACAAUUUUAGCAUAACAGACAUUCAAAGUAUUAUUAUUUAUGUCAUUAAUUGUCUAAUAUAUAUGGCAUACAAACUUAGAGACUGGUGAGAACGUGUCACUUUGUCCAGUAGGACAAGAUCAAUUCCUCUGUGGCAUCUGAACUUUGAAUUUUUACAAACAUAAGAAUUAUACAAUACUAUAAUUUAUAGUAUUGGGCAGUUUGAGUUUAAGGUGUACUUUAAUAUCUGCCAGACACCAAUACAAUCCCUGGCACUCUUGUUGAUGAUACCCAUGAACAGACAGGGCCUGCUUUACAGGACUUAUUUCCACUUGCGCCAAUAUGUUUAUUAGAUAAUUGUUAGAGAAACAUUUCGGUUACAGGUAUUGGAGUACCGCUAAUUCGACAAGUGAUGAAGAAAUGAUUUGAAAACAAUGGCCUAAAAUUGAAACAGAUGUGGAAAAUCUUUUGUGUUGAAAAUUGGAUUAGUGGCCUUUUAUCCAAUAGCUCUGUCUUGACAUCUCUUCUCUAUUUAUAAAUUUUGUAGACAAUGUCAACAUCUUGCAUAUAUUUUUCAUGGUGUCUUAGACAUCAAAUUUGUUCCUGUCUUAGCUGUUGGGGUUUAGACAAGCUAUAGACUGAGACAUCAAAUUUUUUACUAAGGAUGCACUUGGUUUCUGCCAAGUCCAAGCUGUUCAUGUUGAGGUGACCAGUUAUAUAGCCUGAGACAUCACAUUUGUUUUUAAGAAUCCAAUUUUUUCUAAGACUUUUAAGUGUAUUAUAUUUAAAACUAUCAAUUGUAGAGUUUUUUGACAUUGAUGUGAUUUCAGUAUGGCUUUGUCUCACCAGUUUCAUAAAAUUAAGGGAGAAGUUGAUUAUUUAAAUUUCAUUUUUACGGAUUAGGAAAAUUCCAUUUUUUCUUGCUUUAAACAUUUUUGUUGAAAAGAUUCAGC